GAAUAAUGAUGGCAUUCUAGACCAUGUAAACAUAGCAGAGAGCACGCUGGGAGAACCUAUCAGAGCAGUUGCUCCUGAAGAGACGAGCCGCCUAGUGUGCCAGCCCCGGCUGUUGAGACACGGCAAGGGACACCAAAAUACAAAUUGAGAAACUGCGUGACAAUACCCAAUAUUUCGCUGACUUCUGAUGUGGAAAAAUGGAAGGGAUUAAAUUCUGUCUGUAUGUCGUUCUUCUGUCUGGAAUUGUGACGGCAGCUCAUAACGAAACACAACGGUAUGAAGAACGAGUUCCCGACGAGCAACGACUCUUUCAGGAGAUCAUGGAUGGGUAUGAAAUAGCUGUCAGACCAUCUACCAACACGUCAGGAGUGAUCACUGUGAAAUUUGGGUUAAGACUUAAUCAGAUUAUUGACCUGGACGAAAGGCAUCAGAUUCUGACGACCAGCGUGUUUAUUGACCAGGUAUGGCAGGACCUAAGUCUGUCUUGGAACCCGGAAGAUUUCAACAACUUACAGUCAAUGCGAAUACCAUCCCACAGAGUGUGGCUCCCUGAUACUUUUAUAUACAACAACGCCGAUGGCAGUUCCACAGGGUUCGUUGCCGGUCAGUAUGUGCUGGUUUGUCAUAACGGCAAUGUCAAGUGGCCAGUUCCGGUCAAGCUACACAGCUCUUGCCAAGUGAACAUCAAGUAUUUCCCGUUUGACGACCAAUUUUGUGUUCUCCGAUUCGGUUCCUGGAUCUACAAUGACCAAGCCCUCAGCUUCGUUCCUCUUGAAGAAGAUCAUCCCAUCGAUAUGCAGGCCUAUGUGAACAACAGCGAAUGGGACCUGCUUUCGGCGACGCUCGAGAAGAGCAAGCGCCAGGAAUCGUGUUGCGUCGAGCCGCACACUGACCUCGUGUACAAACUGCACAUUCGCAGGAGGACAUUUUUCUACGUGUUCAACGUUAUCAUUCCGUGUAUCAUGCUGUCUGUCCUUACUCUGCUGACGUUCUGGGUGCCGGCCACAUCAGGGGAGAAGGUCACGUUAGGACUGUCCGUCUUCUUGGCCUUUUCGAUGUUCAUGUUACUGAUAGCCGAGGAGGUGCCUGCAUCCUCCGAAUCAGUGCCGCUUAUUGGUAUCUACCUGUGCUGUGUGAUGACGAUGACGUCAUUCUCGGUGAUAAUGGCCGUGCUGGUAAUUAACUUGUAUCACCGCGGAGUUCGAACCCCUCGAGCACCAGCUUGGCUCCGCUACUUCUGUCUGACGAUACUCUCCACACUUCUAUGUAUUACCCACGACAUCAAGGCUAUCGCAGAGACGAUAACACUGGAUGAAGAAGAGGACGAUGCUGACAGGAAACCAGCGAAGACACGGCAAGGACAAAACACUAAGGGUCGAGGUAAGGACAGUCUCGAUCAGGGCAAUGGUCACGCUCGAAAUGUCCAUCAAGUAGAGGUUCAUCCGAGGAAAGCUUACAGAACAAAUAUCAAACAGAAGAACGUUGGAUGGCUGGGAUAUGACCAUAACCGUGGCAGUCUGGUUGUUACGAGGAAUCUCUCCUCCGUAGGUGCCGCUGCCCAGUGCCCCACUCCUAGCACCAGUAACCACGAAGCCAUAGACACUAUAUUUGAUGUUCCCCAACCGCAAGCUUCCUCUGCCCCUCAUACGGAUUCAGACUCAGACAAGUCUGACGUUGACGAAUCCUGCAACCAUCGCGAUAAGCCCAAUGCCGCGGAGACAACCUGUAGUCAUGACAAGUUUCAUGAUGGCAGCGCUAAUCCGGUUAAAGACGAGGAUCAGGCCCUCUUGACUGAGAGCUCCGCGGAGAAGACAGACACCCCAACCCCGGAAGAGCUUCUCAAGAAGAAGGUGGCCAUUGUGGAGUGGCAAAGGAUCGCGGCCGUCAUUGACCGACUCCAGUUCUGGGUGUUUUUCCUAGGCACCCUCACAGCCUAUCUCAUCAUACUGGUCUUCAUCCCUGGGAACAAGAAGAUUCCCUGGGAUACGGAAGUCUCGCCUCUUCACGCUGUUCUACAUCAAAGCUGAUGCUGACGAACGCACGAUCGAAAGCGAAAGUAAGAUCUCGCCUGUUUACGCCAUUCUUCAUCAAAGCUGAUGUUGAUGAACGCACGACACAAGGUCGAAACUGAAGGUAAGAUAUCGCCCCUUCACGCUGUCACCAAAACUGAGGUUGAUGAACGGUAUCUUGUCCUCUGAAUUCGGCCGAGGGUCUGGAAGUCGACGUAUGCCAGCUCUUUUUGAAUAUAUAUAUAGUUUGCUUUGUUGGAUUUUAAAUCUUUUGCAAAUAUGGUUCAUACAGAGAUUUAUCGUGUUCUACCAUACAAAUUAAUAAGAGUUUACCAUAUCCAUAUACUCACUGGAUUUUAACAUAUUCACGAAUUUCUGGAUUUGUGAAACCGUACCAUAACCUAUAGCCAACUGUAGCAUUAUGAACAGUUGUAUACAGAUAAUAAAAGUGAAAAGUAUACAUCCUUAUCGUCUAUGUAUAUGUACUAUAAACAAUCCCUAUCUCCCAACCUGAGAUAAUACUUACUUAUCUCAAGGUCUCCCACAACCAGUAUUGUUACCAAGCCACUUAUGUCGCACUUUUUCUCAUUAAUUUUGCACAAGUAUCUGUUAAUUAUUUGUUUUGUUUUAUUAUAUUACAAUAAUAAUAAUGACUUACCAAACG